CGGCAACUCCCUUCGAUAUAUGGUGCAUCGAAGGCUCACGCGCUCGGUCAAGAGCAGUCAUGCAUGCAGCUAGUCAGUUAGUUGUGGGUGGAGAUUGGUCAUGGAGUGUGAAUGCUGCCUCAUCACACGACCCGAACGUUAAUUGAUAUGCGUUAUGGUCGGGCUGAGAUGCACGGCACUCAUCUCAGACUUGCCGGCCCUCUGCUCCCAUUCUCUCACGAGUCACAACUGUAUACCGGCGUCUUCAUCACCGCAUCACGUACCCGCGGUCACAGCCCUAGAGUUGCUGCUGGUUGCGAACAGACAGACGCUGUCCCGUCAUGAUGGUUGCUCCUCGCCCGAUGCGUUACUCCGACAGUGCCUGAGUAACUUGAACCCGCAUAUAGCGUGGGCUGAGGCUGUACAAAGUACACACCGAGAUAGCUAGGAGACUAGCGGCUCAUGGCGCCGCUUGACGUAACGCUUUGACCCGCUGCUCAUUUGUAGCAGAGGGGGUGAGCGUAUCACUGAAU